AUGGAGCACCUUCAACUUAUCGCUUCGGUUGAUCAUGACCUAACCAUUAUUGCAAGCAAUUAUCGUGCAGUUCAGAAGAUAGAUGAACAAGCAACCAUAGUCUAUUGCCAGAAGCUUGCUGAAUUGGCCCAGUCGGUGAGUGAGAAGACUCGUGGCCAAUAUGACCUUUACCUGUUACUCCUCUGUAAGAUUAUGGACCAGUUGCGUCUCAUUUACAUCUACCUGGCUCCCACCAUGGCCCGCUUGGAGCUCUGUCAGCAACUCUUUGUCUUGUGUACAAAGGCCAUCUUGGGUAUUCAGUGGAGUCAGUUGCCUGAGGACGACCCUGGAAAGAGAGGGCUGCGGAUAGUGCUGGAUGCAACUCACAAAAUGUUAUCUCCAGCUGGGUACACCCGAAUAGAACUGCUCCUAGACCUCAUGGACACACAUUGGGGGGACCCCACUCUCUCCAAGAUCAUGUCCAAUGACUGUGAAGAUGAGCAGGAAGGUAAAGCUUACAUUGAGAAGGAGGACCAGAUGGUGUUGAAAUUGCGAGUGGAGGUAUUGCUGGAGGAGGAUUGUGAUGAGUUUGUGAUCAACCUGUGCCACUGGUGCACUUUCCAUCCUAUGCUAAAGGAUGACCUUUAUCUGAGACAAACACAGCUCCUGCUACUGCACAGGCACAACUAUGUUGCCAAAUUCAGGGAAGAGUGUCGAAAGAUUUCCUGCGACUUUGGGGUCCAGGUUGUGAAGAGCUUAGAACAGCAGGAACAGCACAGGGGAGUUUGUGUGCUCCUUGCCCAGACUUUUCUCAUUCAGGACUGGAUCAAUCCUAACUCCUACUGCUGCACUAAGGAUCUUCUCAAGCUGUGGAUUCGUCAUCAGUAUCUCUCUGAUAAAGAUGUGGACAAGUUCUCUGACAGUGUUUGGUCUAUUGCUAAACUAUCUCGGAAUACCAAGCAGCUAGGAAUGCUUAUAGAGGCUUUAAGAAAAGAGUGUGGAUUGGAAAAAUUCCUUCAGCUAUACACUGACCUUGCGAUCUACGCCCUUAACCUUGACAAGGGAAUCUGGGACUGUGCCAAAUCAUUUGGUGAUGAGGGUGCCAUUGGUAUGAGUGAGAAAGCGAUAGCCAGGACCUGCGUUCAGAUUUACAACCUCUACCAGGAUCUAAAUCCUCAGGUCCAGCAAAGAAGUAUCAUUACAGCCUUUGCAUUGGAUCCCACUCCAGAACAUUUUACACAGCUUGGCAAAAUUUAUGAGAAGAAAGUUGUUGCUGCCGGUAUGCAAAAAGUUAAAGAAGAGGGACAGCCUGUCUCCUCCAGUAUAGUUGAGUCUGACUCAAUCAAUGUGGACAGUCUGAAACAGGCUUUGCCUUGCUGCAGAGAACAGACUGUGGUCAAACAGCUUUCAUUGGAGGAAACUGCACCUGUGGCAUCAACUAGUAGCGAUAGUCAGGUUGUCAUUACUGACAAUACAAAAAUGCAAAUGCAGGUAGACAUGGGAUCUGCAAGAAUCUUGGAGAAGGGAAGCAAUACAGCUGUUAGUAUAAACCCUGCCACAUUAUAUGAAAUGGACAGAUUGUUGAAGCUCUUUCGACCGUGGUUCUUUAAUCCACUUCUUCAGUUGAAGGAUCUGUACAUUGUUGCUAGGGACUACAUAGCCAAUGACAAGACUCUGUCACCUGAGAUAGAGACUCAGAUAAAGAGAACAAUAGAAAAAAUUGAGGAUGAACAUGACAAAGGAUGUGAUACAGUGCAAUUAGAGCAGGGAAAUGUGGUAAGCAGAGAUCAGUUUUUAGCUCAAGUUUUAGAACUCCAAAGAGCGGCUUUCAAGAAGCGUGGCAGAGGUCGUCCACCUUUGAAAAAAGUGUCUGCUCCAGAAACUGACAAUAAGGAAGUUCAGAAGUCUAGCAACUUGCUAGAAAAAAUGUAUAAGACUGUUUAUAAGUGUCUUAUUUGUUCAACCUUGCAUGAAGAUGUGCAACGGUUGAAAGAACAUGUGCGUUCUAUAUGUCGACCAGAGGAAACAGACACUCAAAAAGACAAUGAAGCAGAUACUGUGGGCAAGCAACCAAGUUCAUGCCCUUUACUAAAGUGUCGUCUUUGCAGCGCGGUCAAACCUACUCUCCAAGAAUUUGAACUUCACUUGGCGACCAACCAUGCAGCAGAAUGUGAUGGAACUGGUGGAAAUAUCAAGAUUUGUCAUUUGUACAGGUGCAAGUACUGUAAAGUGUUCUUCAGCAGGCGAGAAGAUUUACAAAACCACUUAAAUGUCUGCAGUGUUAAAUUGCAGAGAAUUGCAAAUGGUGAAAUUCAGCCAAAGCCAACUGGUGAUAGUCCAGCAAGUGUUGUGUCGAGCUGCAGUCCAAAUAAUGAAGAUGGUAAAAUGCUACCUCAGAAUAUUGCCAAAACAGAUAUACCCAUAUCUGGAGCUGAAACUGAUAUAGCUAGUGAUGGGACCCCCAUGGUCAAGAAAAAAAGAGGAAGGAAAAAGAAAACAGAAUCAGCAAAUGACUUGAAUGGAGAAAGUGGCAAGAAGGGAGUUCAUUUCCACAGCACAUCUGAUAGUGAAAUAAAGCAGCCAAAGAAAAGAGGGAGAAAGAGAAAAGAAGCUGGUAAGGAAGAGGGAAACCACACAGACACCAAUGAGUCACAAAGUGAUCGGGGUGAAGGACGAAAAGUAUUUCAUAGAAAAGUUAAGGAUGUAGCAAAGGAGAAUUCGGCAACACGAGAGCUUAUAGAGAAGUUACUGAAGUCAAAGAAUGAUGAUGGUGACAGUUCUGGAAAAGGAAAAUCAAAAACAAAGCAUGGUAAAUUGUGUGAAAUUUGUGCAACAAAGUUUAGGAACAGUAAAACUCUUUUGCAGCAUUAUGCUAUGUCACAUAUAAGGCCCUACAAGUUCUUUACCAACAAAGGAAAGAAUGCUUUUAUGUGUUUCUACUGUAGAAAGUUUUUUGUCACUUUUCUGAAAUAUGUGAAUCAUAUUCAUUUACAUGAGCAAAGAAUAACAAGUGCUGUGAAAACGUUCAAGACAACUAAUCCAGGGCUGACAGCAGCAUCGGGACCCAAAUCCCUGGAUGACUCAGACAGUGACUCUUCGGAUGACACAGUGAAUUUGGCAAGACCCACAUAUGCAAGCACAGACUCGUCAACGGAAGUAGAUGCAUCAGAAUCAAAAGACAGUAAUUUUGGCACAGAAGAAUCAUCAAUGGAGAGCUCCUCUGUGGACACACCAACAACAGAUUCAAAACAAGUGGGGUUAUCUUUGCAAGAUAAAUUCCACUUUCCCAACAAACUUGUUUACGUCAGUGCUGAAUCAUCGUCAACUGAUGUGGAUUUUGAAAAUGAAGUAUCCACUCAUCUCAUUCCAAAUAUCAAAGUUGAUUCCGCAGUAAAUAGAAAUGAAAGCGCGCAUGGCAACACUCCUGGCAUUCAAGAACCAUAUAUUGAAAAGGUUAUAGAGGAAAGUGCCGUUUCUAGUUGUGAGAAAACUUGUAGUGAAUACGAACCUUCGACCUGCCCGAGUUCCAGUGAAAUCUCAACUGGGGUGGAAUCCAACACGGAGGAAUCUGCCCAAGACGAUUUCAUUGGAAUUGAAUCAGUAGAUGAAGAGUUUAUGCAGUUUAGAAGUGCUCCAACAGUUUUGCAAAGUCAUUCCAAGGGUGCGGAAGCUGUUAUGCUGGAGACAUCUAUUUCUGGGAUGGAAAUGACGCCCCUUCCUUCUGACUGGAAUGCUUCUUUGCAUACUUUUGUAGAAAAUGUUUCUGGAGGACUAAUCGAUAAUGGCUCAGAUGAUAAAGAAUCUGUUUCCACGUCUUCAGCAGACAUGACAGAGUCUACUGUUCCUAUGAUAACACCAUUACCCCACACAAAUGUCUCCAAAGAGCAACAGGACUCGGUGCAGUGUGAUCUAGAUAUAGAAAGGCCUGUAGAAAAGCCUGAGACCAGCGAUGAGAGCAUUCCUGACAAUUCUGUGAAGCAAAAGUCAUUUGCAGAUGAGUUUGCAAGUAUAAUAUCCAUGGCUAAAAGCAUUGAGAGUGUUACAGUGAAUGACAAAAUGUUGAGAAAACUAGAAGAUAAUGAUCAGGUCAUACCAUCUCCUGAUUGUGGGCAUCCUGCAAAUCUUGUUCUGACAGAAAGUGACCAGUCAUGCACUACAUUAUGUCCAAGUUGUGGACAAAUUGUUCCUGGAGAUCCAGAAACUUCUACUCAGGAUAGUCCUCCAUGUAUGACUAUUUCACCAGUAUUGUCACAUCAAAGUCUAGGAAAUCCUGAGUGGAGAAAAAUGUUAACAAAGCAGUUAUCUGUAACAAUAACUGCCAAAGAUAGAGCGCUUUGUUCAUUGGCUUCAAAAAAAUUGUCAUUUGGUGUUGAUAGUAAGUCAAGAAAGGCAAGAAGCAGCAGUUUAGACUGUGACAACAAAGCACACAGUCCUAUUCAACAUCAGAGACAUAGGAGAAGCAGUGCAAAUCUUCAGGGAUGUGCUGCAAAGGUAGAGGGACGAUCUCAAGCAUUGAAAUCAAAUCCAGAUGUUAGAAUGGAAGUGACAAAGAAGGUAACACGGCGAGUAAGCCGUUGUUCCUCCGGUGAUCCAUCUUUGACAGACCCGGUGUUGGCAAAGGCCCCCAAAACCUGUGUUAAGGAGAAGCAAAUUUCACCUCAGAAGACUGAGGUUAUCAUUGAUACUGUGGAUAUUUCAGGAAUAUGCGCAUUGUUUGCAACUUGUGAAUCAGAGCCCAUGAGCUGUGGAGAUGCAGAUUGUGAGAAAACUAAUUCUUGCAAUAAAGAAUGUGUACAAAAUAAACAUAUAUGCACCUCUGAUAACAAAGGAGGAAAUUCUGGAGAAGUGAAAGGUACAGAAAGCAUUUCUAAAAGCGAUGAGGUGGGUAGAGUUCGAAUGGAUAAUGAGUUGAAAACAGUCCCAAAAUGCAAGAUUCAGUCUGGUGAAGGUGAGAAAAAGCAUGUCGAAGCCCAACUUUUUGCAUUGCUUAGUAACGAAGCACAAACAGAUACCAAUAUGCAGAGGGAUGAUAAAAAGGAUUGUCUCUCUGCUAAAGAGAAAGGAAAGGGUACUACAGCUUCAAAUUCAACUUUGGGUGACACCAUGGAAAACUCUGAAAUUAUCAGUAAAGAUGUCAGUGGUAAAGGGCAUACAUGGUCUCUGAUUUUGAACAUUGUCGAUUCCAAACUAGAAGAAAGUUCACCAAAAGAUAAUUUUUCCGUUGAAAACUUGCCAUCAACAACUAAAGAUUGUAGUUCUGUUGUUGCACAGUUGACAUUCAAAACCAAGGAAUCUGCAGAUGUUCCACUCGCACCCAGUACCAACAAAGAUAAAAGCUUGCCAAGAGAAAGUGGAAAGCCAUUUGAAAAUGAGCAGUCAUAUGAAGAAACCAUGACUCAUUUAUUUUCACAUAAGAAACUAGUAGUUACAGAUUCUUUCUGUCCUGAUAAAGCAGAUAUUCCAUUAGUUAAAACAAGAGACUCUGUAAAAUCAACACAACAAAUAGAAGUACAUGAUGAAAUUGUUCAUUCUGUGUCUCAAGAAGCGACAGAAGGUGUACCAACUACGUCUGUAUCCUUGGCUAGCACUGAAGUUACAUUAAUGUGCCCCAAGCCUCCACAAAGUGAUGAUUCAUCACAGUGUUUGUCAACACUCUGUGAAUCCUUUAAACAAGUUAAAGAGGACUUGAAGGAAAGCCCAGCAAAACCUAUGCUUAUUGAGCUAGCACUAUCAAAAAUUGAUGAUGAAGUCCAUAACAAGUCAAGUACAGUUGAAAAACAGAGCAUAGUUCUAACAGCAGAGAUAGCUGAAACAUCAAAUAUGCAACAAGUGAGUGACGGAGAUCCGUCGGGACUUAGUGGCAAUACAUGGUCAUGUGUGGAUAGCUGUAAUGAAAGAGGCAAAGAAACAGUUGACAGCAUCAGUUGUUCUAUGUCAUGUGGUGAGGUGACUAUGGGAAAUCUAAACACAGCAGAUCAAAUGAUAGAAACCAGCACCAGAAAGGAAAUGAGUACAGACUUAUGGAAAGCUUUUGACAAGCCAGGAAAUGAACUUAUUUCGCAACAUCAGGGCAUACUUAAGUCAGUAUCGGAAGAUCACAUCCAAGAUUCUGCGCCCAAAAGUGAAAGAUCACAGCCAACACAACAUCCUCCAACUUUAAAGGAGCGUCAAAAUCCAUUGCAUAUGCCAAAACCUGUGCCAGAUGAGAUAAAUCAAAGCAUACAGGCAGAAAUCGUUGAUACAAAUAAAAAAAGCCUAAGGUCAAUUGCUGCUUCUCCAUCUACCGAUGCAGAGGUGCCUAUGGAUGUCUAUCCAGGUGAAAUUAUACUUGAUAAAGGCAUUUAUAAGGAGGCGUUGGACCAAGUGCCUCACACAAACACGCAGGCUGUUGACCACAGUACCGAAGAUGCCGUUGUGGUUUCAAGCAGCCGAAUUGUUGAAACUAGCGGUAUGGAUGUCAGAGCCAAAGAUGAAUGCCAUGCUUGCUCCGAAGAAUUGAAGCAUCUACCUUGUCCAGGUAGUGAUGAAGUAAUCAGUGUUUCAUUGAUGUCAGGAGGGCUUGAUGAGCUUAAAGAUAACCCGAGAGAUUAUAAUGAGCAACUAGAAUGUACUGUGUUAAUUGGCCUGCCCAUCCUUGCGAGCUCUUCAGAUCAGUUGCAUAAUAAGGAGGAAGAAUUAGAAGAUAAAUAUCAGUCUCAAGUUAAAGGUAUCAUUGAAGUGGAUAAAUCGGGUGGUGAUCCGGUGAAAAAAGAUAUAGAUGGGAAUGCUGUUGGCUUAUUAUCUGUAGCAUUUGGUCAUAAUGAGGAAACAGAUGUUUCAUGUGAUGGUCAGAUACAUGAUGACGCAGAAGACGCAGAACCUAUUACCAAAGACCAUGAAUUUGACACUUUCACCAGUGUAGAUCACACUGCAAUUGACGAUGCUAAAGAAAUGUCAGAUGAAAGUCGCACACAAGUUGCUGAUACAAAAGACAGUUGCAGGAGUAGAGGUGCUGAUACAGGGGAGAUUGCAGAUGUCAGGGACAUGUCUAAUGACACUGCAUGUGCUAAUACCGGAGAAACUGCAGAUCUCAUUUACGUGAAUGAAGGUCACAUAUUAGUUCCUGAGGCAAAAGGUACAGCACCCAUUACAAAAGGCAGUUGCAUAGGUGAAAAUCACACUACAGGUGCUCAAACAAGAGAUACUGUUGAAGUAACUUGCUUGACUGAAGAUAACUCGACAAUUGCUGAUACACAAGACAUUCUAUGUGGUAGUAGCAGGACUGACGGUAACGCGUCCGUUGCUGACAUAAAAGACGUUGCACAUGACGGUUGCUUGGGUGAAGAUAACACCACAGAUGCUGAUUCAAGAGAGCUUGCAGAUGUCCAUGAGAUGAGUAUAGAGCACACAUUAGUUGCUGAUGUCGAAGACGUUUCACAUGACAGUUGCAUGAGUGAAAAUUGCCAGGCAGGAGCUGAUACAAGAUUGACAGGUCAUACUACAGAUGCUGAAACGAAAGACGUUGCCGAUGACCAUUGUACAAGUGACGGUCACAUCUCAGGUGCAGAUACAGAGGACAUUGCACAUGACAAUAGCAUGAUUGAAGAUCAUACAUCAGUUGCUGAGGCAAAAAGUGCAGCACCUGAUAUGAAAGGCAGUUGCAUGGAAGAAGAUUACUCUGGCGGUGCUCAGAUAAAAGAAAUUGAAAGUGUCUCUUGCACGGCUGAAGAUAACACGAUAGGUGCUGAUUCAACAAGAGUGAUUGCAGAUGUCGGUCACAUUACUCAAGGUCACGGAUCAGUUGCUCGUGCAAAAGAUGCAGCACCCAUUACAAAAGAGAGUUGCAUGGAUAUAGACCACUCGACGGGUGCCACUUGCAUGACUGAAGAUAACACAACAGUUACUGAUAUAAGGGAGACUGCCGAUGUUCGUCACAUGACUCAGGAUCACACAUCAGUUACUGAUACGGCAGUUUUUACAAAUGAUUUCACUGAAAAAGUCAGUGGUAUUACAGGUGAUAUUGUAUUGUCUCAUGUAAACUGUUCGGAAAGAGAAGCUACUAACAAGCGUUGCUCAAGUCCCCCUGAAACGAUUGAUGAAAAAUCUGUUUUUAUUGUCAAUGAAGUUCUUGAAUACAUCUCAUCAAAAGACCACACUGAAGAACUGCCUAAUCACAAUGCCAAUGUUGAAGAUGAGCAAGAGUCCUUAUAUGAACAUUCCGGUGAUCACGUUCUACCAUGCCAGUCCACACGAUCGAAAAUCAAGAGAAAAUUGAGUGAAACAGCACUGUCUGAAACUUGCAAAGUGAACAAGUGUCUUGGGAGCGUAAACUCUGAUGGUGUCAACAGUGGGCUUAUUCAGGUAAAAGAUGAUUGUAUGGUCCAGAAUUCUGAAGAGAUCGAUUCCCAGGCAGCUUCAAGUGUAGAUUUGAAAGAGGGAAGAAUGUCAUCUUCCCCAGAAAACCAAACAGAAAUGCAUGACCAUGUAUCUAGAGACCAGAUAUCGAGCAUUAAAAAAUGUGAGCAAUCUCUUGACUGUUGUUCACCAUGCACAGAGUCAAACAUUUCCAAAAAUUCAUGUGAAAGCCAAUUAAACAAAGACAAUCCGGAUCACAAGACUGGUGAGGAAUCAGAAUCACCCAUGAAACGGAAACCAGGAAGGCCAAAAAAGGAAACGGUUGUAACCAAAACUGAAAGAAUGGUAACUAGACAAACUCCUACAAAUCCACAACUUCCCAUUUCAAGACCACAGCGCAAAAGAACAAGAACCUGCUUAGGAAAUGACUAUAUUUAUCAAUUUCCAUUCAAACAACCAAGGAGCAAAGACCCUUCCACACAAAUCAAGAAGGAAACAACAUUAAAACCUUGUGACAAAGAGGCCAAAUCUAUUAAUCAUCCAAUGACCAGGCUUAGAGGAUCUGGGUCAAAAGGUAAAAAUCUGCCAGGCAGAUGCAGUGAAACAGGAAAGAAAGCUUCUAAGGAACAAAAAAUGUUUGUGAAUAAGUCAAUGGAAAAGACUCGUGGCAUUACUGGAAACCGGGGAAGGCGGGUUAGUAAACAGAUGCGUCCUUCAUCUACUAAUCAUUCCAGGAGGCUGGCUUCAAAACAACAUCAUAAAACCACGAACGAAAAUAAGAAGGAUCCAUACCUUAAAGACGUACCACAGAAAGUAUUGCGAUCAGGAAAAAAAGCCAUUGACUACCAGAAGACAAUCGACGCAAGUUGCUCUUCAAGUUUGAAGUCUGUUCAGAAAACAUCAACCACCGAUAGGGUUACGAGAUCUUCUGAAGUCCCAAACCUUCAUACUAAAAGUCCUGAAACUGAAGACAUUCCCCCAAUUUCAACGAACCAGUUCAAAAAACCUUCACGAGAGAUGGAUAAAAUUGAUUCCGGAAAAGAAAACGCCGCUCGAACUGAAGAAACUGGCUGGACUAAUGACGCUGACGAAGCACAGUUAACAAAUUCAGACGUCCUGCCAAGAAGUAAAGGUUGUGAUGGAGGCAAUCUUAAGACGUCAGACAUAGACACUUGCACGAGCGGAAAUACAGCCACACACAGAAACACUAUGAAUAAUUCAUUGGGGACACAGAAAUGUGAAAACAUUGAAACAUGUGAGAAAGCUUAUGAAAUCACCGAGACGCCGAAACAUGUGCCUGAAAACACCGAAGGUACUUGUGGUGAUGUAGUGAACUCCGAAAAUACCAUUGCUGAGCCAGGCUGUAAACUAGAGGACCAAAGUAGUGACCAGUGCAAAGACAAGAAUGAAUGUCGCCAAGCUGAAGAUGAAAAAUGUUGUGAUGUUGAAAAGAAAUCUGAAGAUGUUUCUGCAGCAGCGCCGAGUGUGCAGGCAACUAACCCCACCCAGGCUGAUGUCAAAUCUGAUGAAAGGAGACGAGAAAGGAUUGUGGGAUUUCCAUUAGGUGUUUAUUCUAAAACAGCAGAUGGCAGUGGACCUGAGAAAGAACAAAAACUUGGUAGUGGUAAUAUAUAUAGAGUGCAAAGAUGCGCUGGAACUCAGACUAGUGGCAAUGUUCCCAAGAACAAACUGUCUGCUGGUAACACUUAUGGUGACAAAACGAAAGUUGUGACUAGAGAUACAUCUAUGGAAAUCGAUGCUGAACGGAAGGCAAACUUUGUGAGAAUGGGUAGAACAAUGUCCUUAAAGUCACGCUUGCUACCAAAAUCGUCCAAACCAUUUACCUGGGACAUGGAUGACAACGGCGAUCACAUCAGUUCAGGUGAAUCGCGGGACACCAAGAAGCAAGCCGAUUCUCAACCAGAGGAACCUACUUUAUUGACUUUACGCAAGAGCUUAAGAUCAAGGAAUUUUGAGCCAAUUCAUAGAGACAAGAACUUCGAAGUUAUAAAGCGAGGGGCAGUCCACAAAGCAGCGAGAGAAGGUCAGAGUAGGGGAUCGGCUUCUAAUCUCGCUGAAACUGGGUCAGCAAAAAACACUGAUGCCACUCCCUUUGAAAUGGUCUAUAGAAUGGCUACUCGCAGAGCCCAGAAAUCUCAGAACGAAGGAGGUGGGAAAAGACCAAUUGGAGACGCUCAUAUUUCAUCUGGAGUUAAACCCCAACUACCAGGGUGUUCAGAAUCGAACAUUUCUUUGGCUGAAAUCAAAGGUGUCCCAACGAGGGUCUCCAAGAGGAAAGUGGAAUCGGGAACCAACACAGAUAUGAGAAUAACGAAAUGUGCAAAGAUUGAUAAUGUGCUUUCAGCUGCUAAACCGUUCACACCAAAGGGAUCCUUUGUUCGAAAUUGUCAGUGGGCACCCCGUAGAAACCAAAGAACAGCUUCAGUAAAUAGUACAAAUAUCAUUGUAACUUAUCCAGGUGGCUCGAACUCAGUGAUAACUGCCAACCCCAACACUUCGAAAACUGUUAUUAAUAACCAUAUUGCUCAGCAGCUUAGUGGUUCAAACCUUGAUCAGGUUAUGACGGCUAGCAAACAACAGGACAGGAUCCCCUGUGAUGAUUGUGCCAACAGUGAUAGUGGAUCUUCGAAUGGCGACUCCUCUGCAUCUGGACAAAAAUGGAAAAUGCAACGGAAACCUGGAAAGCAAGGUUUUUCGUUUUCUUUUACUAAAGCACGCAUCCACUGACUGAAUUGUCAUAAAAAUAUGGAAUCAGUGACUACUGCUCGUGUGUUUCAGAGGAGCCCUUUGAUUUCUUUGUCUUAUAAUUUAUCUUAGUUAACGUAUAUUUUUUUUCUUAAGAUUUUUUGGAAGAUACAAAAGCUAAGUGGCAUUUUGUGGAAGUUUCGUCGUAGCUGUAAAUACUUUUAUCAUCCCUGGCGAGAAAGUAAUUGUUUGGCAAGAAAAUCUUUUCACUCUCUUGUGCUUUUGCUCUGCUAACUCCAUUUCAUUCUAAUCUCGGGUGAACUUGCAAUACGUCUUUACAGAUCUUUACGUUGUUAUAUUUUAAACGUUACUGUUAUUUAUGUGGCCUCUCGACAGCCUACCACAUAAAUGUGCAAGUGCCAGAGAAAGCUAAUAAAUCAGGUUAUUUGUGGUCCGUUUUGGGCCAUGCCUCGGACAUGACAAAGCCACAGGUGACCACUUAAUUUAGGUAUACCGGUAUGGAAUAUAAGUUGUGACGGUGGAUUGUAUUGCUAUACUUUGAAAUGCUUGAAAUGUGGAGAGCAUGCUGAAUUUCUUGCAUUAAGUUUCUUUUCAAACUUUCAAGAAAGUUCUGUUUUUGCAAGAUGUCCUUUAGAAGGCCAUUGGAAAUUUUUCAGUUUGAUCCCCAUUACUUUGUACUAAAUUGAGAAUUUAUGCAUGUAUAUUUUUUUGUUUGUUUUUACCGUAUAAAUCUAUGAUGUCUUAGACCUUCUUUACCAUACGAGAAUAUGAAGUUUAUGCACGAUAGGCAGCAAUCAGAUUGUACCAAUGGUUUUAUUUGUAAAUCUUACCGUGUGAAUAGUAUAUGAUGAUCUGUAAACCAAAGACAAAUUUCACCAUUGAAGCACUUUUUUGUACAUACCAGCUUGGUCUAAACCAGGAGUGCCACUGAUUUCCCCAAUUGCUAAUAUGUGUAUAUAAAUAUGUCAUGUCACUCUUAGUGAAGCCAAAUGUAAAAUUCAAGUUAACGUUUCUGGGUCUUCCGAAGUGCAUGGAAGGGUACCCAAAACAACUUUAUAUGUUGCUCACAUGUAGACUUAGGACUAUAUCCCCAUGUAUCUUUUUAUUGUACAUUUGCUCAACACCAACAAACUACGUAUAUACCGUUGAUCAGUGACACAUUACCUUUGCAUACUUUUAAUACUGUUUAUAAUAAUGUUUGAUGUUGAUACAUGUAGUUGAUAACUGCGGAUGCGACAGACCUCCGAUAUUUGCAAAUGUCCGG